UGAGGCCUUUGGGAUGCGGGUGAAUGUCCGUAAAUGUGAAUUGAUGGUUUUCCACCCUCGUGCCAAUAUCCGCGAGGCUUUUGCUGCCCUUUGCCCCGUGGUGUGGACUUCUAUUGAGGGAAAUGCGCGAGUACCUAUGGUUAUUCCCUGGGUACAACGAGCCCGUUACCUUGGUUUGCACUUUGGUCCUGGCACACCGUUUGUUUCCUGCACAGAGGAACUGUUGACCUCUGGCCGACGUGCUAUGUUUUCUCUUCAGCGUAAAUUAAAACGCCUAGGUCUUUUGGUCCCUGCUGUUGCAGUUAAGUGCUUCGA